GUUCAACGUGGGAGAAAACAUUACGGCAGAUUGGUUUUGAAAGUGUGAAAGGAGCAGAUGCUGGGAACGUGAUCAGACUAUUUGUACCAGAUAUUGGGAUGUUCAUUGCUAGUCUGACAGUAUGGCUCAUCUGCCGCAACAUGUUUCAGAAGCCAGUAACCGAGGACGCAGCACAAUGCAACAUGCAAUUUGAAAAUGAGGAAAUGGCUGUACGAGAAAAAUUAGAGCCAGAUGACUCUUUGAUGUAUGAAGAAGAUUUGGAUGACGAAGACUGUGGAGAAGCAGAAUUUGAGGAAACCAUGAAAUUAAAAUUGCUGCGUAGAAUUGCCUCCAUAGCAUCCAAAAUGAGGGAGUUUAUUGGCAACAUGAUAAUCACCACUGGAAAAGUUGUUGUUACAAUUUUAAAUCAGCAGGUUGUUUGAAAAAUUUCCUCAGGAGCCCAUUAGAUUAUGCAUUUAACAAAUGAGUUUUCGGCACUUUGGCACCUGUGGGAGUAACAAUGGAAAUUUUAAAGGGAAAAGAAAUUGCUGCUGAUUUUAUUUAAAUUAACUUUUUGGCAGGUAUUGGAAUAUGCUGAGUUGCUUAAUUUUUU